AUGAUAUCACUAUCCAGCUGCUCUUAUAAAUGUGCGGUUUGUGAUAAACCCACGUACAGUUUCAACUAUGCAGUUCUCUCUUGCAACGCUUGCAAGAUGUUCUUCCGGAGGUGUCGCAACCUGAAAACUCCAAUCGAGCCGUGCAGAACGAACGGAAACUGUGGAGAUCUUGUCAGCUGUUGCUGGAAUGAAAAUUCAAGGAAUAGUACAACACCAAAACCUGCUUCCCAGCUGACCCCAAUCCUUCAAAACCUCAUAUACCUUGACGCCGAUCGACACCAAACUUUUUCCACGUAUUUAUCAAUGGAGAACCCUGGUCUUGACGACGUUAUUCUCUCUAAUUCCAUCACAUUCAUUGAAAAAACAUCUCAGAUGAAACCAGAUUUCUAUGAUUGGGCUACAAUGGACCAAAUCUCAGCUAUAAUUUUCAUGAAGAGAUUUAGUUUUAUCAAUUGGCUCUCCCCAUCCGAACUCAAAUCUUUCGUUAAAAACUCUUAUAUUCAGUUUAUAAUGUUAUGCAAUGCAAUGAGAUCAGUAGGUCUGAAAAGUGACACUGUAGGGUAUCCGGAUGACGUGGAUAUUUUUCCAGAAGAAAUUCGACAGAUGUAUACGGACUGCUCAGAAAAAUUACUCAAAAUCCAUUUUAUGAUAGUUGCCAGGUUGAUAGAGUUAAAAAUAACAAAAGAAGAAUUUGUGCUGCUCGGCGCUAUAAUUAUAUGUGAUCCAGCAUUCGACUGCACAGAAGCAAAUCGAAAUAGAAUCUCACAAUACCAAAAAAUAUAUUCGUCGACUUUUCUAGAAUAUUGUCAGCAUAGAUAUCAAAAAUCCGGACCAUCCAGAUUCAUUGAUAUCCUCUCGAUAUGUUUCACUAUCAACAGAACAUUUGUAGAGUUCGGUGAAGUGUUAAUGAUGUUUGACAAUGAGGCAAAAAUCAAAAAGUUAUUCACCGACUUUUUCGCGUUCGUGCUCAAUAAGCGAGAGUCUUUUGGUAUUUCAUGA